AUUGAGCUUAAGAAGAUGUGUUGGUCGUAGGAAACUGGGUUAAUUAAGAUUUGUUCUGUUGAGCCUAUCUUAGGGAUACUAAAUUGAAUUGGGACAGAACAAGAGAAAGGAGUUGGAGCUAGUGCAACCUCCUCCCUGUCAGUACCAAAGAAUCGAUGCGGAUUUCAAAUCAUCAAUAGUAAAGUACACAUUUUUUACCUUAUCAUGUUAAAAUAUUUAUACAAAUUAUAGUGGAGGUGUUUACUUUUUGUGUUGUCUGCCAACAAUCAAAGUCAUUUUUAACAUCAUCACAAAAUAUUUAAACCUCAAACAACAAAAACAGUGUUGGUAGCAUUUGGAUCAUAUGUUUGCGGAGAAAAUAGUUAUUAAAAAACACUCGAGACUCUCUAGAUGCGGUUUUGUAUUUUGCACUUUUGUUUUUUGACACAUUGUUUUUAAACUUGCACAUUGACACACAUUGUUUCUUUCAAAUUAUCAAACACUAUGGCAGUAUGGCUCAGAUGGGUCAUGGGAGUGGCUCCUAACGUUCGGAGCUACACUAUCGUGAUUAAUGGAUUUUGUAAGAUUAAAAUGGUAGAUGAAGCCAUUAAUCUCUUCAAUGAAAUGCAUAGCAGAAAAAUUAUUCCUAAUGUGGUAUCGUACACUACUCUUAUUGAUGGAUCGUGUAAUGUUGGAAGACUAGAGGAUGCACUAGAGAUUUUCAAAGAUCUUUUGGUCAAAGGCUACAAUCUAAAUGUCUAUACAUAUACCAUUAUAAUCAAGGGAUUUUGCAAAACAGGAAUGUUUGACGAAGCAUUGACCAUGCUAUCAAAAUGGAAGACACUGGUUGCAUUCUGAAUGCUAAAGCUUAUGAAACAGUUAUUUCUUCCCUCCUUAAAAAAGGUGAAAAUUGUAAAGCAUAGAAGCUUUCUUCGUGAAAUGAUUGCAACUUUGCAAGAGAUCUACUGUAUGAUCAAGAUGUUAGAAAUAAAGUUUUAAUCCUUCUACUGAAGUCUACCAGGAAGGCAGGAACAAAUAGGUUAUCAUUUUUUUCCCUACAUUGCAUUGCAUUUAUCCUUUGGAUUUGUGUGUCUGCCCUUCCUUCUGACCAUCUUAAUAGAACUAAUCUUGCAAUUUCUGAUAAAUUUUGAAAACAUUUUCCAAAUGCUGAAGCAUUGAUGUUGGGUUGCACUUCAAAAUUCCAGUGCCCAAGUCUGGGAACAAUGAUUUCAGUCCCCAAAAGUUAAAAAAUCUAAGCACUGUCUUGAUAGGUUGGACAUUUAUUGUUUGCUGAUGUCAUUGAAAUUUGUUUCUUCAUAACCAAUCAUGGAAGCAUUGUCCUUUCAGUUCACGUUGCUAUUUUGUUGUCUGCCAUUAUGUGCAAGACUUUAAAUUCUGCUCAAGUUACUUUGGCAGCUGAUUCUGUUGUUAUUAUUUUAGCUUCAGAAUCAUAUUUUCAGUAAUAAAAUGGAUUGCUUUUGGUUCAUAUUUUGCUAGUAGGGUUCCCUCCUUCUUUUAAAGUAGUUUUCCAUGUUCUGUCAAUUUUAUCUGUUUGAAUAUAUAUGUAAGUAUCUAUCCAAAUGGUCGAUGUCACAAGAAAUUCUGUUUUGUAAUUGUAAGUAUCUUUUAUUGCAAGUCUCCUUUUUGGAGGACAUGAAAUUGAAAGAUGGUUUAGCAUUAUGAUUCUUCUCAUGCUUAGUUGUUUUAGACUACCAUGAUGAUAGUUGGUUUGUGUAGAUACUUAUCCUUUUAUAUAAGCAUGAUGUGUUGAUUAGGUUCUGGUAUCAACACACUAUAUUUACUGAAUAUGUAUAUGUAUGUCUCUUUAUUAUUAAUAAUCAUGUCGGGCUAUGAAACAACCAAAGAUAAAUAUACCACUGGUAAGAUCCACUUUAUCCUAAAGUUAAUUAUUGAUUCUCCUUAACAUUACUGUUACAGUGACAGAAUCACUUCCAUUCCAUGUUUCUCUGACCCUUCUUCUUUUGCCAAUUACAAAGCCUUUUCUUUUCAACCUGUUUUGUUUUCUUUUAUGUACUAUUGAAAACUUGAAUCAACAUAAACAUAAAAACCAUAAAACCAAAUUACAAGAAUCAACAUUGUUUGUUUGUCUUGAAAGUUGCAAAAAUCAAUGGCUACUAACAAGUUUGCAACCAUGUUACAUAGAAAAACCAACAACAAAAUAGUUGUAAUUCUAGUUUAUGCAUUUCUUGAAUGGAUCUUAAUAUUACUCCUUCUAAACUCUUUGUUCAGUUAUUUCAUCACAAAAUUUGCCAAAUUCUUUGGCCUUAAACCACCUUGUAUUUUCUGUUCAAGGCUUGAUCAUGUUUUACAGCCAGAGAAUAGCACUGAUCUUGUUUGUGAGACUCAUGCAGCUGAGAUUUCAAACCUUGGUUACUGCUCAAAUCAUCAAAGAUUAUCAGAAGUGAAAAGCAUGUGCGAAAAUUGUUUGGCUUCUAGGCCAAAUCAUCAUGAAGUUGAGAAUUUAUUUGGUUUGAGACAUAAGAUUGGUUUUAUUUCAUUGGCGAGUCCUGAAAAACAUGACGAAAAUGGUGAGAGUUUAAAUAGGUGUUCUUGCUGCAAUGAGUGCUUGAAAAACCAAUUUUACCCUCCUUGGGAUGAUAGAAACUAUCUAAGCAAAGGUUGUCUCAUUGUUGAAUCAAUUGAAGAUGAUGAUAAAGAAAGUGAUAAGUAUCUUGAAUUUGAGAUAAACAAUGGACAAGAACAUGUUCAUGAUCAUGAUCAUGAUGAUGAGGUAUCAGAUGAGCAUCAGAUACUUUUUGAUAUUGAAAGUUUUAUACUUAGAGAAGUGGCUGAGGAUCGAUCGAGUUCGGUUUCAAACUUGAACUCUGAUGAAAAGGAUGCAGAAAAAGAUGAUCCAAGUGUUGCUGAUUCUCCUAUUAUGCAGGUUUCACAUUGUCAAGAUAGAUCGCUUGAAAUCAUCAAUAAGCACUUUGAAAAGAAAGAUGAUCCAAGUGGUGCUGAUAAUUUUAUUCAUCCAUUUUCUGAUACUCCUAUUAUGAAGCUUUCACACUUGGAAGAUAGAUCAAUUGAAAUCAUCAGUAUGAACUUUGAGAAUUAUGUAGCUUGUGGCGACGACCGGUUGACACCUGUUAAGUUAAUAGACUCUAUCACUUGUGUAGAUUUUGAAUCAUGCAAAUUGAUUGAGGAUCCGAAGGAGGGGAAGCAGAUGAUUCAAACUUUUGCAAGUGAGUUACCAGUUGAGCCGCGGCCGAGUAUCUUAGAAGGGGAAGUUUUACUCUCAAUGGAUGAGAAUGUAGUUCAAACUUUGGAAGUUGAAGGGUUAAAUCAGAUUUCAGUAGUUCAAACUUCUGUGAAUGAUGAUAAUAGUAUUGAAGCAGUCACAGAAGAACCAGAUAAUGCACAAGUUGAUCUUUUUCGAUCUCAAGAACCAAUCUGUUCGUAUGAAUGCACAGAAGAAGAUGAAUCUGAAUCAAGUGAUGAUGAUGAUGCUGAAGCUCAAAAUGCCUUUGAAAAAUUCAUUUCUCAGAAUAAGCUAAGUAUGUCUCGCAGUUUAUCGAAUGAUGAGAAAAGUUUAGAAGCAGAUAUGGAAGAACAAGAAAAUACUUCAGCAGAAGAAGAUCAAUCCAUACCAGAAGAUCAAUCUUCUACAAGUGAUGAUGACAUUGAAGUUCCUAAUGCAUUUGAUGAAUUCAUUGCAAAUAACAAUCUAUAUACCGAUAAAAUCGGUGUAAACGAUAAUGAAAUUGCUGAGAAAACAACAUCAUUUGAAAAUGUUGAGGAGGAAACAAUCCAUCAAUCAUCAAAAUGCCCAGAAACAUGUGAAGUAGAAGAAGAUAAACUUCCUGAAACUCCUACUUCAGCAGAUGCAAUGCUCUACAUGCAUAGGAAAUUGAUGCUGUAUGAGAAAAGAGAAUCAGGAGCAGAAGAAUCUGUGGAUGGUAGUGUUGCAAGUGAGGUUGAAUCCGGUGAUCCGGUGUUAACAAUCGACCGGCUAAAAACAGCACUAAAAAACGAACAAAGAGCUCUCAGUGUUAUAUAUCAAGAACUAGAAGAAGAGAGAAGUGCAUCAGCCAUAGCUACAAAUCAAACAAUGGCAAUGAUUACAAGGCUGCAGGAAGAAAAAGCAGCAAUGCAGAUGGAAGCAUUGCAAUACCAAAGAAUGAUGGAAGAACAGGCGGAAUAUGAUCAAGAAGCUUUACAGCUUUUGAACGAUUUAAUGACGAAAAGAGAGCGAGAGAAGCAAGAACUUGAAAAAGAAUUGGAAGAGUAUAGGGAAAAAGUUAUGGAAUAUGAAGCAAAAGAGAAACUAAGUUUGUUGAGAAGAAUGAAAGAUGGAAGUGUAAGAAGUAGAGACUCUUCUUGUUCUUGUUGCAACACCGGAUACACUGAUGAAUUAUCGAUCGAUCUUAACAAUGAAGAAAAGGAAGACGAUAACAAUGAAAAUGCUGAUGAUUCAGUUUCUAAGUUGGAAGAGAUGGCAUUAGAUUGUGUAAAACAUGUAAGUGAACUUGAUAGUACUUUAGAAGAAUUUGAGGAAGAAAAAGCUUCUAUUUUAGAUCAACUCAAAGCAUUAGAGGAAAAGAUAGUUUCAUUGGAAGAUGGUGAAGAGUUUCUUGAAGAGAGUUCAUCAAGAUAUGGUGACAAAGAAGACUAUUCUAAUGGUUGCUUGGCAAAGAAGUUACUUCCAUAUUUAGAUGAAGCUGACAAUGAAAAUGAUGAAGAAGCAUUUGCAUAUGACAGAGAAUUGGAGAAUGGAUCAAAUGAUAUGCAAAUGCAAAACACAGUUCCAAUAAUAAGUGAAAUGGAUAGCAUGAAAGUGUGUAUUGAAGAAGAAGUUGAUCGCGUUUACGACAGGUUACAAGCUCUUGAAACAGAUAGAGAGUUUCUACAACAUUGUAUGGGAUCCAUACAAAAUGGUGGUGAUGAAGGAAAAGAUUUGCUUCAAGAAAUCUUGCAACAUCUUCGUGAUCUUAAGAAUGUUGAACUACGCCUUAAGGAUCUCGACAAUGAUCCAUCCAGUAUAGUUAUGUUGCAUUCACCAAGCAAAGACUUGUAAGCAUAAGCUUGCUAUGUUGGAGGUGAUCAUGAUGAAAAUACACAUGUAGGAUUUCAGAGAGUCAAUUCUCAAAGUGCUUCAUGUAGAAGCAUGCUAACCAAAAGUUAUUUCUAGUGUCAUGUAAUGUAAUGGUUUGUUGAAUUGGUGAUGUGCAUACUACAAAUUUAAAGUAUGUGUUCAUUUAUAUUAUGACAGGAUUGAUUUAUGAUAUAUACUC